AUGCAUCCUUCUCUCUUCCUAGCUGCCCUUUGCCUGAGAAUAGCCUCAGCUGCUCCACAACUCAAUCAGAGCAUAGAUGAACAAUGGUCUCAGUGGAAGGCAACAUACGGAAAACUAUAUAGUGUGGAUGAAGAAGGCUGGAGGAGAGCAGUGUGGGAGAGGAAUAUGCAAAUGAUUGAAUAGCACAAUCAGGAACACAGCCAAGGGAAACACAGCUUCACAAUGGCAAUGAAUGGUUUUGGUGACAUGACCAGUGAAGAAUUCAAGCAGGUGUUGAAUGACCUUAAAUUCCAGAAACUCAAGAAGGGGAAAGUCUUCCAAGCACCUCUCUUUGCUGAGGUCCCCUCAUCUGUGGACUGGAGAGAGAAAGGCUAUGUAACCUCCGUGAAGAAUCAGGGUAACUGUCUUUGUUGUUGGGCUUUUAGUGCAAUUGGUGCCCUUGAAGGACAGAUGUUCCUGAAAACUGGCAAACUUGUUUCACUGAGUGAGCAGAACCUAGUGGACUGCUCUUGGCCUCAAGGCAAUAAGGGCUGCUAUGGUGGCCGAAUGGAUAAAGCCUUCCUGUAUGUUAAGGAAAACGGAGGCCUGGAGUCAGAGGAAUCUUAUCCAUAUCAUGCACAGAAUGAAUUCUGUAAAUACAAGGCUGAGAAUUCUGCCGCCAACGUGACUGCCUUCUGGAGUGUCAUAAACAAGGAGGAUGGCCUAAUGACCACAGUGGCAACUGUGGGGCCCGUCUCUGCUGCUAUAGAUGCAAGCCUGAAUUCCUUCCAGUUCUAUAAAAAAGACAUUUAUUAUGAUCCAAAGUGCAGCAAUAAGCACCCGAAUCAUGCUGUUCUGGUGGUUGGUUAUGGCUUUGAAGGAGAAGAAUCAGACAACAAAAAAUAUUGGAUUGUUAAGAACAGCUGGAGUGCAAAUUGGGGCAAACAUGGCUACAUACUCAUGGCCAAGGACCGGGACAACCACUGUGGAAUCGCCACCUUGGCCAGCUUUCCUAUCGUGUGA